AGUCGGAACCCAGAAGUCAGACGUCGGUCGAUCGGCGCGCGCGGCGGACGCCAUUUUAUUAAUAUUGCGCGCUACCAAAGUGACGUUUUAAAUUUCUAUAAAUAAUAUAUGACUUGUGUGUGUGUGAACAAUGAUUUUGAAUGGGUCUAUUGAAAAACUGAGAACAUAGCUUACGUAGCAAGAGUUGUUAGAAAAUUAUAAAAAGAAAGUGAUAGAGAGAGAAAGAGAUAUGUCUCUUGUAGCUCCAAGAAGAGUCCAACUGGAUUGGGCUCACUCCAUACCAUGGGAACAGGAGCCUGGCUGUGAGCGAGAUCAGUCAUUCAAACGGAUAGCGCCGCCUGAAAACAGAUCAGAAUCUUCUUCAUCAUCAGCAGACACUGAAUCUCAGGGGUCAGGUUCAGCGCCUGCUCCAAGAUCACGUAGAAAUGAACCACAGCAGAGGGAAGAGCGGCGGGUGGAAGCCGCGUGCCCUCUCCGAGUACAACCGAACCCUCUAUUAAGAUCCCGGACGCUCCCUAACCUAAAGGCAGCGUCCCGGUCCGCGUCCCGCUGCGACACUUCCCGCCGCGCUCACCACAUCACUAUGGCAAGCGAGGAUUUGCUGCAACCAGGACAUGUGGUCAAGGAGAGGUGGAAGGUUGUAAAGAAAAUUGGCGGCGGCGGUUUCGGCGAGAUCUACGAGGGUCUGGACCUGGUGACCCAGGAACAGGUCGCCCUCAAGGUUGAGUCGGCCCGCCAGCCGAAACAGGUGCUCAAAAUGGAGGUGGCUGUGCUGAAGAAGCUUCAGGGUAAGGAACACGUGUGUCGUUUCAUCGGUUGUGGUCGUAACGCUCGCUUCAACUACGUCGUGAUGCAGCUCCAGGGUCGGAACCUCGCAGAGCUGAGGAGAUCCCAGCCGAGGGGAGCCUUCUCAUUAUCAACAACUCUCAGGUUGGGUCUCCAGAUACUAAAAGCGAUCGACUCCAUACAUUCUGUGGGCUUUCUUCACAGAGACAUCAAACCCAGUAACUUCAGCGUUGGACGUCAUCCAUCUAACUGCAGGAGAGUGUACAUGCUGGACUUCGGCCUGGCGAGGCAAUACACCACCAGCAAUGGACAAGUUAGACCACCGCGGGCCGCCGCAGGGUUCAGAGGUACUGUUCGCUACGCAUCAAUCAACGCCCACAAAAAUAAGGAGAUGGGUCGCCACGACGAUCUCUGGUCGCUGUUCUACAUGCUGGUGGAGUUUGUUAACGGACAGCUGCCUUGGAGGAAGAUCAAGGAUAAAGAGCAGGUCGGUCUCAUGAAGGAAAAGUACGACCAUCGUCUCCUCCUGAAGCACCUGCCGUCUGAGCUGCGGCAGUUCCUGGAACACGUGCAGCAGCUGGAGUACGCCGACACGCCGGACUACAGCAUGCUGGCCUCGCUGCUGGAGAGGUGCUGCAAGAGGCGCGGCAUCAGGGACACGGACCCUUACGACUGGGAGAAAGAUUCUGGACCCGCGCCUCGAGCUCGCGUCGCCCCGCCGGUUGAUCACGCGCCCUCACCAGAUCAUCAGCCAGACAGGGCUCGUCGCCGCGGCGAGACGGAAGCUACGACGGCUGUGGCCACGGACACACAGACCAACGUGCAGAAAGAGAAGCUCGCUGAGAAACGAGCGCCGGCCUCGCCCAGGCACGCGCCCGCACACGUCAACGGAUAUUCAGCUACCGAAAAACCGACCGCGGAGAAAGAGGUCGAGGCGAGAACUACACCAGCGCCCUCUCCCGACAGACAUGCCAAGGAAUCGAACUCCGCCGUGGCGAGCACUCCGCUGUCACGCCCAGAGAGACAAAGCGUGCCGCCCUGCAAGCCGCGAGCGCCCGCCCCCGGUGGUCCGACCCUUCUCCGGCUGCGCGUGGUCACCGCACCGCCGACGUGUGUCCAGGAGUUAGCGCCCACUCCGCCCACAACCGGCGAGGCCAGCAGUCCCAGGAUUAUAGCUGACGUGGACAGUGUGCACUCGGACACACACUUCAAGAGAGGAACUCGCCGCACCGCCCGAGCCCGAGCCGAUCAGAGCUACACGCAGUUCGCUGUCAUGGACGAUGAGAACGUGUCGGCGUUACAACAGGUAACAAAGGGCGGCGCCCUCACCCUGGUGUCUCUGUGGAAGUCACAGUUCGACGACUCCGAGGAGACCACGGACAACGAGUGGAAACAGGAACAGCUGCAGUCGCCGGAACAUCGGAAUGCCCGCGCGUCCGCUGUGUCGAGUUGCUCCAACGUGCGCACCCAGCUGCCGCUCACACACACGCACACGCACACACACACGCAGCUCGAGCCCAGGGUGCAGGUCAAGGUGGACGAGCCGGAGAAGCCAGAAAAGACUGAGAAACCGGAAAUAGUUGAGAAGCCGGAAGUAGUGGAGAAGCCAGCAGUCAAGAACACCAAGUGUUGUCUGCACAAUGUGGGGAUAGACGCCUUCCCCAAACUACAGCCAGCUCUGCCCAGGAGUUGGAGUCUACCAGCCAUAGGCUGUAAGGUCCGCGAUCUUCGCCCGCCGUUGCUCCAGCAGGCGUCGUUCGAUGCUGGCGUCGAAGGCGCCUGUUACCGCCUGGACGUGAUGCGAGGUGUCGCCGCCCGCGGCGGGGGCGACCCUGCGCCCAGACGGGCUGCCAGUCUGCCGACUCUCUCCAGGUGUUCUGUGUCCCCUCCCCCCGCGCCGCCUCCAGCUCCAGAAGCGACGGUCUCCAGCAGGCUGGAGAUAAGAGUUAGACCUGAUACAGCGAGUCCUAUGCAUUCCGGUACCUACCUGCCGGUGAAGAUCCACUCCGUAGUGAGCGGCGGCGAGGUGCGGAACCACGACGAGACCUCGGUCUACUACGACGCUACGGAACACCAGAGAGACAAACGGUCGUCGACCCGCAGCGGCGACAAGAGUCAGAGUCUCGUCGUAGAGAGAACGAAACUCGACGCUAUACAGGACAGGAGCGCGUCGCUGAGACGCGAGGCGAGCGCGGGCGGGGACGGGUCGCAGAGCUUGAGAGACAAGUCAUCCAGUGGGUCCCGUAUACCCGUGGCGAGUGCGGCUGCCACGGCCGCGGCGCAGGGGGCGGGGCUGCAAGGGGUGCAGGGGGUGAACGCUAACUCCCUGCACAGACUCGCCAAGUGCGCCUCCUGGAGUGGGGACGGACCUCUCAAUGAUCUUACACCAGGUCUUCGUCGUCGUCGUCAGAACGCCGCGGACAAGUACGCCGCGGACCCCGCGCGGGACCUCAACCUCCGGUUCGCCCGACCCCGCCACCGACACCAGCCACCCCCCAAUAGCAUGGCCCAUCGUUGCCGUAGCGCGGCGGGAGGCGGCGCAUCUCCCCCUUCGGGCGCGUCCUCGUCCUCGGGGUCUCCUCCCCCCCCGCCGCCCGGGGUCGCGCCCCCCGCACACAACGCGGCCAGAGCGCGGCGCUUCAGACCUCUGGCCACACGGGACCACAAGGACGACCUCCCGCCCCCCGUGUACAGUUCUAUCGGUGCGGGCCAUAGACUGUGACGUCACAGCACACGACACAGGACACACACACAGAACAUGUGAAACAUAUGGCGAUCCGACGGGAACAGAGGCCGGGAGCGGGUCCGCGGCGACCGGCUCCGGCCCGGGGCCGUCGGGCGUCCAAUAAAAUAAUGACAUGUUGACUAAUACUAAGGGAGAGGCAGCAACGCAUCGCCGCCCGCUGUUCUCAUAAAUACUGUAAUUUUUCUUCAGAUAUUUUUUGUAUAGAAGAAAACACAAACAACGCGGAACAUGGGCACACGGACCCGCCGGACCGGACCUGUGAGGCCCGGCGGACGCUGAGCGGCUGUAUCAAAUGUAAUAUACGUUAAAGUAACAGAAACAUACUCUGUCGAUGAUUGUAUAAAGCCAGAAUUAUUUUUAUAUAAGCUGUGUAGUGUUCAUUGAUGGUUCCCGGGGUUAGAAGACGAGCAGGCCCGGCCCGGACUCGGCCCGGGGAGGCGGCCGUCGGGCCGGUCUGUACGCGGUCACGCUAGGACGUGGCUCAGCGAGCGGGAGCAGCGCGCUGUGCGGCGCUCCUCACGAGGAACGGCCGCGGGAGGGUAGUUGUAUAUGGAGCCGGCCGGGGCCCGGGGCGGGGCCUCGGACUAUUGUUUAUUCGUUUCGUCACCGCUUCGUACACACCUCGUGUCGACCGCCUCCAAUCAACAUAUCAGGAGUGCGCCGCGACCAGUGCAGCCUGACCCGUCUGUCCGUACGUCGCGCGGCGACCGCCGGUCCGCCCCGGCUGGGCGGAGGCGGUCCCGCGGGCCGGGUCCGCGCCCCGCCGUCGCUUCUCGUCGCUUGCUGACGGAACCUUGAUAUUGUAUAAACGUUAUUCACGCGACGCUUAGCCGCCAUUACCCUCUAGUCUCUUCUGCUUAAUAUAGAUAUUUUAAAUAUAUAAUAAUGAAUUUACUUGAUGAUAGCGUUAAGGGUUAUGUAUUUAUGGCGGUUGCCGUGCCGCCAUUUUGCAAUUCUGCUCGUGAGUGAGACCGUCAGAAUUGCAGAAGCGAGGGUAGGUUUUAAUCGCUUGGGAGCGGAGGUCGUUCGGGAGCUCCCGUCACUGUCUAGUCUACGAACAGCUUCCGUCUCAUAGUUUUAUCGACGAUAAAGUGAAUAUUGUUGAGACUUCGAUUAUUUUGAGAUGAAAAAGAUAAUGUAUAGAGAUGUUGUUACACGGUAGCUGACGUCACUCACCGUGUCCCGGCCGCGAGCGGCGUUGUGCUGUUUUAAGGAUGCACGCUCUGUUUCAUUUUAUUUUGCCAUACUUUUUUUUUUAUAUUUACCGAAAUAUGCACAAUGACUUUAAAUAAAAGGUAUUUGUCCUUUAUAA